UGUUGUUGAAAGUCUCGGUUGGUCUCGUUGGUAUGUCACUGUAGAAGUUGUAUUUUACAGUUUUCCCUUUUUUUGCUGAAGCUGAGCUCUAAAAGGAGGAUAGUGUGACUGUCGGAGAGGAGAGCUGAGCUCUAAAAGGAGGAUAGUGUGACUGGCGGAGAGGAGAGCUGAGCUCCAAAAGGAGAGUAUUGUCAGCUGGCGGAGAGGAGAGCUGAACCGCUGGAGCGAACGCGGUGUAACUGCAGGGCUGUUUAAACUGAGCUGUAUAAGGAGAUGCUAGAGAAACACUUCUAAAAUUGAGGGAGAUUUUAUGUGAGCCUAUGGUAUCCAGAAGCAGCCCUCCUACUCAGCAAGCGCCAUCUGACUCUCUCCACACCAACACAUACAGAAAAAUGCCGAAAAAUUCCAGCAAAAAAAGAACUCACCACUGCUCAGAGUGUGGAAAGAGUUUUACUGACAGAUGUCAUCUCCAAAGACACCAGCGCAUUCACACAGGAGAGAAACCGUAUCACUGCUCAGAGUGUGGAAAAUGUUUUACUCUACAGAGUAAUCUCAGAGUGCACCAGCGCAUUCACACGGGAGUGAAACCGUAUCACUGUUCAGAGUGUGGAAUAAAUUUUAAUCAAAAGAGUCAUCUGCAGGUUCACCAGCGCAUCCACUCGGGAGAGAAACCGUAUCACUGUACAGUUUGUGGAAUGAAUUUCAAUCGAAGGGGUCAUCUCCAGGUGCACCAGCGCAUUCACACAGCAGAGAAGCCGUACCGGUGCUUAGAGUGUGGGAAAUGCUUUACUGCGCAGAGUAGUUUCCAGGCACACCAGCGCAUCCACACAGGAGAGAGACCUCAUCAGUGUCCAGAGUGUGGAAAGAGUUUUACUGUGAAAAGUGAUCUCAGAAGACACCAGCGUGUUCACACGGGAGAGAAGCCCUAUCAGUGCUCAGAGUGUGGAAAGAGUUUCAACACAAAUGGUGACCUCAAAAGACACCAGCGUAUUCACACAGGAGAGAAACCCUACCAGUGCUCAGAGUGUGGAAAGAGCUUCAAUCAAAAGACAGUUCUCCAAGGACACCAGCGCAUUCACACAGGGUUAAAGCCUUAUUACUGUUCAGAGUGUGGAAUGGGUUUCAUUCAGCUGAGUAGCCUCCAGAAACACCAGCACAUUCACGUAGGAAAGAAACCGCAUCAGUGAUCAGAAUGUGGGAAGAGUGUGUUUUUCCACACAGUGGUUUGUUCAAAAAAGACACCAGUGUUUUCAUACAAGAAGGAAAGCUGGACAAGGAUAGAAGGAGUCAAACAUCUAGACCGUACUUCAACCUCCUAAACCCCACAGUAGCAGAUCAGCCAGCAAGGUGGAAAAUACUCACCAAGUGUGGGCCAUCAAUAAUUUUAAGUAGGGAUGCAUCAAUACUGGUAUUGGGCCAAUAUCGUGCUCACUCACUCAAACGUUCACUGGUAGCAACUUUCCGAUACCUGCUGAUAUCGUCUGACGGAAGCCGAGUAUGCAGUGCUGCGCUAAUGAACAAACGUGGUGAAGGGGGCUCUGUUCACGCAGAUAGGUCUUACUGACUCAGACUUGGUGCGUGGUACGUUGUUGUAAAUGAAAAGGCUUUAUUUGAAAAUGUCUGCAUUUCAUUUAAAAUGAGCUGGAUUUUAAUAACUAAACUGUUGAAGUACAUUGCAGUCAUCCACAGUAACCGCUACUUAUUUCUAAGUAGGCUAUUCAGUAUGGUAUCGGCUCGGUAUGGGCAAGUACUAAAAAUAUGUACUCCUCUUCAGUCUGAAAAAAAUGGUAUUGAUGCAUCCCUAAUUUUAAGCAUGAUAAAACCCUCCCAAACAUGUUUUGGAUUGGAUAAAUCUGACAGUGACAAUUUGGUGUCAUGAACAAUGACUGUUUUGGUGUUAUUAUUGAAGUACUCUUAUACUGUAAGUUGAUUUUAUUUGUAAUAGUAUUAUUAGCUGUAAAAUAUUAACAUGUUGGCUGGAUGGGUGAAGUACAGUAUUAUUUGAAUCACUCCCUUAGCAGCUGUAAUACAGCACCAUUUUGAAGCAUAUAAACUACUCACAGUGAGAGCUGAUCAAGCAAAAGUACAGCCUCCACAUGACUGGCACCCAGUUUCCAAAAAGCAAGUUACGAUCCUCAUAACUGGUAUAAUGUUUAGUGUGAAGCUCACUCUAAGUCUUUAUGCUAAGAUGCUUUUGGGAAACCAGUCUGGGCUUAGUUGUACCAAACUGGGCUGCAUUCUCCAAUAUCUCUAAUAUCCCAAAUAAGAAGACAUUAAGAUGAAGUUUCUUCUUAAGAGCAGUCAGUGAAUUAGGCCCAGUGGGG